CCCAAGUCCCGGGGCGCCCUGCGCUCUGCAAACACCCGGACUGGCGGCCGGCGGCCGGGCGGGAUGGGAGUGUCUUCCCGGCCCGGAACGCGGUCCUCCUACCUGGCCGGUCGCCGGCUCCCCCUUCCCGCGGGUGUCUUCGUCCGGGGCCCGGGCGGACGCGCAGGUGGGCCCCGUCGCGCCAGGCAGCAUUUGUAUCUGCAGACGCAUCACCUGAGGAUUAUUUCUGGCCGGAAGCCCCUAACCAUUUAGCAGCAGCCCCCUGAGCCUGCGAGGUCGGACACCAGUUCUGCGUCCUUCGCCUCGGGGUGACAGUCCGGCGGGCAGCCAUUCUGCAAACCCACUGUCUCUUCUCGGAAGCUUGUUGCCCUGUGCUGCCGCGGGCGGGCCAGCCAUGAGGGGCUACCUCGUGGCCAUGGUCCUGAGCGCUGUCUUCCUCUACUACGCGCUGCACUGCAUACUGUGGGGCACAAAUGUCUCCUGGAUACCUGCUGUGGAGAUGAAGCGGAGAAACCACGGCCAGCCUUGCUUAUCAAAGCCAGCUUUUGCCUCUCUCUUGAGGUUUCAGCAGUUCCAUCCUUUUCUCUGUGCAGCUGACUUUAAGAAGAUUGCUUCCUUGUAUGGGAGCGAUAAGUUUGAUUUGCCCUAUGGGAUAAGAACAUCAGGGGAACAUUUCCGGAUGGCUCUUUCGAGACUGCAGAGUUGUGAUCUCUUUGAUGAGUCUGACAACAGCGUGCCAUGUAAGAAGUGUGUGGUGGUUGGUAAUGGAGGUGUUUUGAAGAACAAGUCAUUAGGGGAAAGAAUUGACUCCUAUGAUGUGAUAAUAAGAAUGAACAGUGGCCCCGUGCUGGGACACGAAGGCGACGUAGGGAGAAGAACAACCUUCCGACUUUUCUACCCAGAAUCUGUUUUUUCAGAUCCCGAUCACAAUGAUCCUAACAGCACGGUGAUUCUCACUGCUUUUAAGCCUCUUGAUUUAAAAUGGCUUUGGGAAUUGUUGAUGGGUGGCAAAAUAAACACUAAUGGUUUUUGGAAGAAACCAGCUGUAAACCUCAUCUAUAGACCUGAUCAAAUCAGAAUAUUAGACCCUUUCAUUAUCAGAACAGCCACCUAUGACUUGCUUCAUUUCCCAAAAGUAUUUCCUCCAAAUCAGAAACCCAAACACCCCACAACAGGAAUCAUAGCCAUCACGCUGGCAUUUCACAUCUGUCACGAAGUCCACCUUGCCGGCUUCAGAUACAACUUUUCUGACCUCCAGAGCCCUUUGCAUUACUAUGGGAAUGCCACCAUGUCUUUGAUGAACAAGAAUGCCUAUCACAAUGUGAGUGCGGAACAGCUGUUUUUGAAGGACAUUAUCGAGAGAAACUUUGUAAUCAACUUGACUCCAGAUUGACCCUAGACUCAGAAGAUGCUGUUAACAGUAUUAGUUUUAUUUUUAUACUGCAACGUUUCGUUAUCUUUAAAGUAUGUCGGAUGCAUUCACCAGAAAAUCAUGUGUAUUUGUCUGCUGCUGUGUGGUGACUCAGAACCAUCAGCUUAAUUUCUGUGAAUAUGUUUUUAACUUAUAAAAACUAAGAUAUAUUUAGUUGCCAGGUGAGGUUUGGGCCCGCAUCACUUUUCUAAAAUAAGCUCGUAUCCUGAGGUCUUUAAAAUCUUAUUUAUUUUUUAUCAUUGUCAUCUAAGGCUUUUGAAGAGCUGUGACUUUUCCUAUUAAGUGAAUUUAAUUGACCUAUAACAGAAUUUGGCUAUAACAAGCUUUGGAGGCAUAUCCGAAGUUAUGGAGGUAUACGGUGGGAAGCUGGCAUGUGCUUGGGCCUCUUAAGUGGCAAACUGGAACCACACCAAACCUUUAUCUGGAUGACUUUUUACAAAUGUUAUCAAUUAAAAAAGAAUUUACUGGAUAGAGACAGAGAAAUCAAGAGGGAAGGGAGGGGGUAGGAAGAGUGAAGCUGCUUCCCUGCUUGUCAAGCUCAGCCCCUCUGGGUGGGACUGGGGGCUUGAACCCAACACCUAUCUGGAUGAUUCAAUUGUUUUUCUCUGCCCAAUGCACCCAACUGGAAUCUUCAAGACCUGACACACUUCAUUAUUUUGUCGUUGUUGUUAAGAUGGAAAGAAAUACGAUCUUAUCAAGUCUGAGGAGAUUCAGCUAGACAGCAAAUUCUGUUUAAUAGCCCAAGAAUGCAAUCACUAGAUUCAUGACCACAUCAGCUCUUUAAUUCAUUUUGCCGUAUAUGUGGAGCCAGGGCCUUGCGUCUGUGGUGUCACUGCUCUGGGCCAUUUUUAUUUCAACAAAGGGGAAGACAGAUAGCCUUGGAGAUGUUCCUUCUUUGUUUAUCUAUCACCAGUUAUUGGUGGGGAUCGGUGCAGGCACUACAAACCCACCGCUCUCAGCAGCCAUUAUUUUUUUUCCCCUUCCUAUUUUUAUUUGACACGACAGAGCAAAGUUGAGAGGAAGGAGAGACAGAGGGAGAGAGACACCUGUAGACCUGCCUCACCUGCUUGUGAAGCGCCCUCCCUGCGGGUGGGGAGCGGGGGCUUGAACCCAGGUCCCUGUGCGAGGCUGUGUGCUUAACUGGGAUGUGCCACUGUCCGGCCCCCAAGCCAGAGAUCUUCUCCAGUGUCGUGACACCGUCCAUAUGCUCCUGGGGUGUGAACCUGGCUCUGCACGGGCCUGCCCAGUGACUCUUCCACAGCCCCGAUUACUACAUUCUUUUAAAUAAGAAAGCGACUCGUAUACAAAGAAAAUUCCUUUUUUUUUUCCCCUCCAGGGUUAUUGCUGGGGCUAGGUGCGGAUACUAUGAAUCUACUGCUCCUGGAGGCCAUUUUCCCCAUUUUUUUUUUUUUUGGACAGGACAGGACAGAGAGAAAUUGAGGAGGGGAGAUAGAGGGAGAGACAUCUGCAGACCUGCUUCACCGCCUGUGGAGUGACUCCCCCCCUGCAGGCUGAAUCCUUCCACUUUGGACUAUGUGCUCUUAAUCCAGUGCGCCACUGCCCGGCCCCCAGACAAAGUUCUUAAAUGCUACGCUUUGCCUGGCUUCAUCGAUUCAUUACUUUUUGAAAGUGAACUGAACUAAAUUAGGAAUGACGGGAAUACAGCCAGGAAACUCUUCAGAAUAGUUAAAUUGUUUUUUUGGAUUUAAAUGAAAAAAUAUAUAUAAUUUUAUUUUAUUUUUUUAACAGAGCACUAUUGAGCUCUGGCUUAUGGUGGUGUGGGUGAUUGAACCUGGCACUUUAGAGCCUCUGGCAUAAGAGUCUUUGCAGAACCAUCAUGUUAUCUAAUCUGCCCUUAAAUUAUUUUCAUGAAAACCCUCCUUCAAAGGGAAAGUUUUCACAGGCUGACAGAAGACAAGCCCUGUGUGACAGCAACGAGUCAGACCGACACGUGUCCCCCAUGUUAGUACAGAGAACCAAGGCUAUAGGGAGGGGUGGUGAGGCCCAUGAAAAAGGGGGAGGCAGCAGAAAUGAUAAAAAUAAUGGGGCCACAACAAGGGCAACAAAAAGGAAUAAGUAAAUAAAUAAAUAUUUAAAAAAGAGAAAAAAAAUUAAAAAAAAAAAGAAGAAUGGGGUCAGAGGCUGUCUGAAGAGGUAGGCACUGACAGAAGGUAUCUUCUGAAGAAUCAGUAGGUGACAGAAGUGAUGUCCUCAAAUCUGCUUCUCCAGAGAAUAUAAACAAAGGGUAACAUCUCAGCUCACGUUCAGAAACAGAAACGAAGCAAGUGCUGGGGGUGUCUGUGUGAGCGGCUGAGUUAACCGAGACCCAACGACGUUGGGUUCUCUUGGCUGCUAACAGCCCGAGUCCCGCGGCUGCUUCUGCUUCUCUCCGCAGCUUGAGGUGCAAGGAAAUCAGGAGGGUCCGGCAUGAAUGUUCCCUUGUCCCCGCUGAGCUUGGAUAAAAGUUCCGUUAAAUGUAGUUUGUGUUUCCAGGGAGAUGACUGGUCACAGAAGAAGUUUAAGUAAAAAACAACAACAACAAUAACAAAAAAAACAAACCCAAAACAAUCAAUGGUGGCAUUUUCCAAAUGUUUUUGUAUGCUCUAUCAUAUGGAACACGUUCUUUGAAUGAAGUUACAAUUAAAGAACCUGGCAUCUCAAGGUGGUUUUAUUGAAGCAAACGGCCCUCCCAUCCCAAGUGGGGGCGGGGGGGGGGGACAAAACAAAAAAAACGAAGUCAGACACAUAUAUACAAUUUAUUAAAAACACAUGAGCACGUUCAGAUCUCACUAUUUGUACAAUCUAGAGUCUAGCAACAUAUACAAAGACUGAGCGACUGCAGUGCAUGCUGAGGUAAGACAAGUACAUUCUGGGAGACUAUCACUGACCAUCACACCCUUUCUUUUUCUACCUUUCCCAGCACCAAAAUGGAGCGGGGACGGGGGCAGGGUGAGGGAGGCUGGAGAGGAAGAGGGAGAGAGAGAGACAAGAGUAAGGAAUGAGCCAGAAGGUGAAUUAACGAAGAGUUGGCGCCACAGCCUAUCUGAAGUAUUGAAAGCCACCCAACUCUUACAUUUUGUAGUUUAGGGACUUCAAGUUCAGAAUAGAAAAGCAGAGCUAUUAUUUAUUAUUAUUAUUAUCAUUAUUAUUAUUAUUAUUAUUUUAAGGCAAGAGCCUCACUGGUUUCUUUAUGGAGGCUCAAAGGGCUUUAUUCCCCCCCCCCCCGUAAUCAAUUCUAACUGUAUCAUCUGAUGCUGUUUCCAUCGCAGUCUGGGGGUGACAGUGGAGCCAAGGCCCAGAAGGUCAAGGUUAGUGAUUCUCCACAGAAUUACGGCCACAUUCAUAGUGAGGUGGCCUGGUCCCUCCCCACAACCCUCAGUGCGGGGUGUCAGGGAAGCAGGCAUAGACAAGUCAUUUCAUCUGCUGUACAAGUUCUCUGACCGUUUCAUCAGCGAAGAAAACCCAUUGUUCAAUGCAGAGUGCACAUAGUGAAACACAGAUUUAAAUAGUUGGACAAUACACAACAGGAUCUAUCUAGAUGGACAGCUCUCAGUAAGCUAGAAACCAGCGUCCAUACUAUCUCUUAACUGUGAUUUAACAUCAAGUAACAGUGCGGGCAGUGUGAUUUUUCUGAACCUGUGAUGGUCACACUUGCUAUAUCCCCCUGUCUGAAUCUAUUUUUCUAAUGGUAUUGAUAAUAAAAAAAAAAAUCCAAUAAACCACAGUGACUUAAGUCUUUUACAUACUUCAAGCAAAGGAUAACUUUUCAGGGGGGGUUUAAAAACAGGAGAAUACUUUCACAUUUUCAGUUGUUACUUGAGUGUCUGUAAAAUUGUGUGUACAUGUAUAUAUACAUAUAUCAGACAUAUAAAAUGUAAUUUAAAAAAACUAUGAGGAUGAGAAGAGAAAGUUCAAAGCCAGAAAAAACCCUUUGGAUCAGGCUCAGCUCUCCCUUUGGAAAGCAGAAUAUAGGAAAGUAGUGAAACGAUCUAUUUUGUAAAAGUCACUGGUAAUUCAAUGACGGCUGAUUCAGUGGCCGCAUGAACCCUGCCUAAGAGCAUACACCCUUCAGACAUACGCCUCUCAAAAAACAAACAAACAAAC